AUGUCCUUUAAAUUGUAAAAAAUGUUUCACUCAAACGAAUUGUAAAAUAUGUUAAGAUGGAUAUUAUCUUAAUAAAAAUGGAAUUUGCACAUUUAAUUUUUUAAAUAGACUCUAGACCUAUUUAUCAGACAAAAACAACAUUUCACUUUAAACUUUUCAGUUAAAUUAUUAUCAAAGUAGCAAAUUUAAUAGUAAAUUUAGGUUAAUUUAAUCAUGUUCUCACUAUUGUACUUCAUGCACAUCUCUAACAGCUUGCACUACAUGCUCAAGUGGAUUUUAUUUAAGUAAUACAGGCACUUGCAUAAGUAAUUGUUUCGCAGGUGCUUCAUGUUCUUGCCUUAAUUAACCGUAUGCUUGUGA